UUUGUUUGCAUAAUGUCAGCUUCCUAGUGUCGGUUUUGGCAAAGAAAACAGGAUGCCUGCAACAGACGAACCAAUUUAUUGCUCGCAACAGAUCAAUAUACCCCCUGAAUUGCCGGAUAUUUUGAAACAGUUUACCAAAGCAGCUAUAAGAACGCAGCCGCAUGAUGUUUUGCAGUGGUCGGCGGCUUAUUUUGAAGCUUUAUCUAAGGGGGAACCUCUACCCGUAAAAGAUCGUUUAGAGGUUCCACUUGGCGCAGCUCUUGAAAGACCAGUGACUAAAGGUUUUAUAGAAAUAUUGCAUAAACAGCUGGGCUCAAAACCAGUUGUUGAGAGAAUAAUACUGGAACAAAAAUGGACACAUUUAUCAUUGCCACAAGAAAUGUUAUUUGAGAUACUAAGAUUGGGUAGUUUUGCCGAAGAAAUAGUAUGGCUUCACUUUCUAUCCCUUGCAGUUGUGACAAUCAGUGAGAAUUUGAGUGCUGCGAUGGAAAUCAUUUGUGAGAUUUUAACGACAGACCUUGAAGGAGGGCCAUCAAGAAUUGAUUUUAAUAUUUUUACUGAGCUGUACCAAUACCUUGCAAUGAUUGAUGGUGAAAUACCAACAGAACAUGUUAAUAAUGUGCUUGAGCAUUUACAAUAUGAUGUGGAGAAACAAAAUGGAAUGAUUUCGCCUCAGAAUUUCAUGCAUGCAUCAUGUCCACCACUUGCACCGCAGAUGUAGGAUUGGAAGGGGUACACGUUUGGUUGUCAUUCAUCUUGAGCAUUACCGUCCUGUUGAACGUUUUAUUUUGUAAAUAGAAACGUAGAAUAAUGUAAAUAGACUACCUUCUCCAGA